UCCUCCUCCUCCGUGGCCGCAGCGAUGCCUCCGCCCGUCGCUUUGCUCCGCUGCGCUUUUGCGCUUCUCCUCCUGGGCCUGGGGGUCCCCUCUCCCCCCACGGAGGAAGGAGGAGGGGGACCCCCGACCAGGGAGGAGGAGGAGGAAGAGGACGAGCUGCCCACCGUGGUGGUCGCCAUCCUGGCCCGCAAUGCCCAGCACUCUCUGCCCCACUACUUGGGGGCCCUGGACCGCCUGGAUUACCCCGCGGAGCGCAUCUUCAUUUGGUGCGCCACGGAUCACAAUGUAGACAACACCACGCAAAUGCUGCAGGAAUGGCUCGGCGCGGUGGAAAAACAUUACCGGUCCAUCGUAUGGAGAUCUGUGGAAGAGCCCAGAUCUUAUCCCAAUGAACUGGGACCCAAACAUUGGACGGAGCCGCGCUUUGAACAGAUGAUGAGACUGAAGGAGGAAGCUCUGACUUUCGCUCGAUCUCAAGAAGCCGGUUACAUUUUGGGUUAUUACCGACGCACCGCGGACUAUUUCCCUACCAAGAACCGCCAGCGCCUUGGGUGUUUCGCUGUGCCAAUGGUCUUCGGAACCUUUUUGAUCGAUUUGCAAAAGGAGGACACCCUCGGCCUGGCCUUCUACCCGCCUCACCCCACCUACUCCUGGCCCUUCGAUGACAUCAGCGUCUUUGCCUAUUCUUGCCAAGUGACAGGAGCAGAGAUGUUUCUGUGCAACCAGGAGAGGUUCGGGUACAUCAACGUGCCGAUGGGCUCCCACCAGACACUGGAAGAGGAAGAGGUCCAGUUUGUGCAUCUUGUCCUGGAGGCUAUCGUCGAUGGGCCUCCCAUGGCCCGCUCCAGGCACCUCUACGUCCCCCCAAAACAUCCCACCAAGAUCGGGUUUGAUGAGGUGUUUCUCAUCAACCUGGCCCGACGCCCCGACCGGCGGCAACGCAUGCGGGAGGCUCUCUUUGAGCUGGAAAUAGAUCCUUUGAUGGUCGACGCGGUAGACGGAAGGGCCCUCAAUAGCAGCAGCAUCAAGAAACUCGGCAUCGAUUUAUUGCCCGGAUAUUAUGACCCCUUUUCGGGGAGGACCCUCACCAAAGGGGAGGUGGGCUGUUUCCUCAGCCACCACCAUGUCUGGAAAGAGAUCGUCGAGAGAGGGCUGGAGAAAUCCCUCGUCUUGGAAGACGACAUUCGGUUCGAGGCUUAUUUCAAGAGGCGCCUUUUGAAGCUGAUGGACGAAUUGGAGCAGACGCAAUUCGAUUGGGAGCUGAUCUACUUGGGCAGGAAACAAGUCCACUCCGAUGAAGAGGAAGAGGUGGCAGAAAUCCCCAAUCUGGUGGUGCCCGAAUAUUCCUACUGGACGUUGGCCUAUGUGCUAUCGCGACGGGGAGCUCAGAAGCUGAUCGAGGCGCAGCCCCUCUCUAAAAUCCUGCCCGUGGAUGAAUUCCUGCCUGUUAUGUAUGACAAACAUCCCAAUGAGGAUUUCAAAAAAUAUUUCAGCAACCGGGAUUUGCGGGCCUUUUCCAUCUGGCCCUAUGUGGCUUAUCCUUCCCAUUAUGCCGGAGAUGCCGAAUGGAUGAGCGAUACAGAGUUUUCCACCAUCUGGGAUGACGAUUCUAGGAAAACCACUUGGAGCGGAUCGCAGAAGACAAUGAAGGAUGUCCGAAGCAGCAGCCACGGAGGCCCCAUCAGCUAUUCCUUCCCCACAGCACCUCGGGAUGAACUGUAAAAUCUGGCAGGUGCGCCUUCUGUCUUCGUAUCGUGGGAGAGAAAAGGCAGAUUUGUGAACGGAAGCUCCAUUUCCCCCUCUGCACCAGACACGGAUUGGGGGGGCCCGCGCGUUGCUUCAACCGUUUGGAUAAAGAGGGAUGGUGGGCCGGGCAAAGACCGGAGAUGGGUUGGGGCUCACCCAUCCGCUAGAGAUGGCGCUGUGCAAAGACAAGGGUCUCCAUCGAACAGUCCUGAACCAAUUUUUUAUUGAUGCAAUAAAGACUUUCGCACAGAAAAAA